AUGGACGCUCUCGGCUCUGCGAUCCGCCCUAUCCUGUCGCCCAUUGCAAAGGGUCUUCCCAAACCCAUCGCUGACGUCGGUGAGAACCUCCUCGGCCCCGUCUGCUACGAGACGCUCCUCCACGAUGUCGAUCUCACCAAGACCGAGUGCGUCAAGCUUGCCAUCUCGAAAGGUCUCGGCAUCGGCAUCAUCGGCGCGUCCUCGAUUGUCAAGAUCCCCCAGCUGCUCAAGCUGCUGAACUCGCAGUCUGCUGAGGGCCUGUCCUUCCUCUCCUAUGUCUUGGAGUCUGGUGCAUACCUCAUCUCUCUAAGCUACAACGUCCGCCAUGGAUUCCCGUUCAGUACAUACGGCGAGACUGCCCUCAUUCUGAUCCAGAACAUUGCCAUUGCGUCUCUGGUUCUGAACUACAGCGGUAGGCAGCCUGCGAUCGCGGCAUGGAUCGCCGGGUUGGCCGGUGCAGGCUUCCUCCUUUUCAACGAAAACCAGGUCAACGAGGCGAACCUCAGCCUGGCCAUGAGUGCGGCAGGUAUUUUGGGCGUAGCAGCCAAAAUCCCUCAGAUCCUGACUAUCUGGUCUGAGGGGGGCACCGGCCAGCUGAGUGCUUUUGCUGUCAUCAACUACCUCCUCGGCUCCGCCUCGCGUAUCUUUACCACCUUUCAAGAAGUCGACGACCCGCUCAUCCUCUACGGCUUCGUCGCCGGCUUUGCGUUCAACCUCGUACUCUUCCUACAAGUCGUGUACUACUGGAACGCACCGACCUCGAAGAACACUGAGAGCAAGAAGCUCAAUAGGCCUGUUGCACCGGCGAUUGCAGCAAACAAGGAGAAGACAAAGCGCGCUGUGGCUAGCGGCACUGCGCCCAGCUACUCAAAUGUCGCGGGUAAGAGUCCCAGCACAAGGCGCAGGGGAUAG